UCUCGCUGGCUGCACUGUGUGGCAUUAUGUGUCCAGCCUGGUCUAUCUCCCUCACUGCAAUACUUCUUGGUUGUGUUUUUGGAUUUCCCAACAGCUUCAACAGUACACAAAAUUACACAAGAACUGACAAUGAGUUGAACAGCAAUGCAACCAAUUCAACAUGGCCCGAAGACUUUCCAGCAUAUUUGAACAUCUCAAGUUUUUUAGACAUUUUUCCACAGGCUGAGAUAGAAGAUUCAUAUUAUGCACUACCUCCUCGAUUUGACCAUGUUCAGACUGGUGGUGGUGGUGGUGGUGGUGGUGGAUGCCGUCUACCAACCUGUGCACUACAAAACCUUGGGAAUACUCUGAAUUCUGAAGGGGAUGAAAUGGCUGGCAGCUCGACCUCCGACCCCUAUGGAGUGGGAAAGAAGUGAAAACUUGCCAUUUAAGUAGUGCCUACAUGUAAUAAUAAUGGGAAUUCCAGAUUUUUAUCUGAUGUCUUAUGUGGUGCACUUGUGCAUACAGGGUUGUAAAAUACUAUUCAACUUCAGAAACCUAUCAAGGAUGGACGGUUUUAGAUUACUUUUUUAAUUACUUUGACCAUGUUUACCUUUCAACUUUCAAGUGGAGCAAUAGUUUCCUGUCUAUUUGUAUUAAUCUGUAUUACACUAAAGUUAAUAGCAUGCAUUGGUUUUUACAAAAUACAGUAAUUUUGAAUAAAUGAAUUUAAUGUAACUUG